AGAGCUGCCACGUCUGAGCCCAGUCCCAGCUUCACUUCCUCCUCUGGAGCACCCAGCUAUCAGGAUAGCAGCGGAGGAGAGGGAUACACUUGAAUUUAUGAACGCUGCCAUGCUGCUCAGAAUUUCUUUCUAUAUCCUAAUUUUGUCGCCAGCUCUCCUGGUGCAGGCCAGCGCUGCAGAUUCAUCCAAGAAGAGCCCCACUGCCAGCCCUAUAUCACACCCACCUGCCCUUCUGGGUGACCCCAGCUGGGCCCUGGGUCUGCGCCUGUACCAGGCCAUCCGCUCUGAUUCCAGCUCAGUGAACACCCUGUUCUCCCCUCUGCUCGUGGCCUCCUCACUUGGUGCGCUUGGUGAAGGGUCAGCGAGCGCCACUGCCAGCCAGCUCAAAGACCUCCUGAAGACUCCAGCCCCCGCCAAAACUGGAGCAGACCCUGCUGAUGUUUUAUCUGGGGCGCUGAAGAGCUUCACUAACGCCAAUGGCUCGAGCUUUAACCUCCACACAUCGUCAGCUUUGUUCUCCAAGCAGGCUCCUCAACUCAGCCAGAAGUUUGUGAAGGACGUCCAGGCUCGAUUUAGAUUGCAGCAUCAGACACUGGAAAAGGGAGACUCCAAGGCUGACCUGAAGCAGCUCCACAGCUGGGCUAAAACUGGACUCGGUGGGCUUGAGGGAGCUUCUUUAGCAGCUGAAAUCCAGGCUAAGGCUGGAGCAAUGAUACUGGCCAAUGCACUGCACUUUAAAGGGCUUUGGGAGAGAGAGUUCAGCCAGGAGAGCAAAGAUCUUCGUACUUUCUUGGGAAAGAAAUACACCAAAGUGAUGAUGAUGCACAGAGCAGGUUUGUACCGUCACCAUGAAGACAUUGCAAACAUGCUGCAGGUUCUGGAGGUGCCUCUAUGGGGAGGAAAGGCUAGUGUUGUGUUCCUGCUGCCCUUCCAUGUUGAGGGUCUGGAAAGGUUAGACAAGCUUCUGACCCUGGAGCUGCUGACCAAGUGGCUGGAAAAGACCAAUAAGACCAGUGUGAUCAUCUCCAUGCCCAAGGCCAACAUCACCAGCACAUUAAGCCUGCAGAAGCAGUUGUCCGCCCUGGGUUUGACCGACGCUUGGGACCAGGACCUGGCUGAUUUCUCUGGGGUGUCAGAGCAAAGCAAAGGGACGCUCCACCUGGGCGACGUCUUGCAGUGGGCUUCCCUGGAGCUGGCUGCUCGAGCUGGGGAAGGUGACGCAGAACUUGAGGAGGAACACAUAGAGAAGCCCAAGCUGUUCUACGCCGAUCACCCGUUCAUCAUCUUUGUCAGAGACAAUGCUACAGGCGCCCUGCUGCUGAUGGGAGCUCUGGACCAUGCAGAGGGAGAGCCCCUCCAUGAUGAGCUCUAACACCCUCCUGACUUAUAUCUGGCUUUGUCUCUUAAGACACUCCCUUCUCAAAGACUACUCAUGGUUUCUAAGUCGAGACAUUGUCAUUCACUGUGGCAGCCUAUCACAUCAGACUAUGGCUGGCUGUCACACGCUGACAUUGCAUCGUCUCACGCUGACUGACACUGACACUGCCGAACCCGACACUUACACUUACACAGUCACAGUCACACACACACACACACACACACAAACACACAUUCCAACACAGACAUGACAAACUCAAAUGAAAAAUACUGUAUCAGACAUUACUGAAGUCGACAGACACAGAGAGAAAAAAAAAAAGUUACUUGGCGAGACUCCCUGCUAUUUACACAUGUGCACCCACACACACACACACACACACACACAUUCAAGGUCUCAGUGAUGAAGUCAACACAAAGCAGAACGACAAACAAGAGUGCAGUGCCAAACACUAACAUGCAGACGAGCAGAAGUGGUUACACUGACACAACACUUACUAAAGCAUCGACAGAGAACCUGAAGAAGAGAGGCUCCCUGUGACACCUGUGUGUGUGUGUGUGUGUGUGUGUGUGUGUGUGUGUGUGUGUGUGUGUGUGUGUGUGUGUGUGUG